GCUGGCGGCGGCGGCGCGGAGAAUGGGGGACUCCAAAGUGAAAGUGGCCGUGCGGAUCCGGCCCAUGAACCGACGCGAAUUUGACCUGCAUACCAAAUGUGUGGUGGAUGUAGAUGCAAAUAAAGUUAUUCUUUACCCUGCAAAUGCUAAUCUUUCCAAAGGAGAUGUCAGGGGCCAGCCAAAGGUAUUUGCUUAUGAUCAUUGCUUCUGGUCUAUGGAUGAAUCUGUCAAAGAAAAAUAUGCAGGUCAAGAUGCUGUUUUUCAAUGCCUUGGAGAAAAUAUUCUUCAGAAUGCCUUUGAUGGCUACAAUGCGUGUAUCUUUGCCUAUGGACAAACUGGGUCUGGAAAGUCUUAUACAAUGAUGGGCACAGCUGACCAACCUGGAUUAAUCCCAAGACUUUGCAGUGGCCUCUUUGAGAGAACUCAGAAAGAGGAGAAUGAAGAACAGAGUUUUAAAGUUGAAGUAUCCUACAUGGAAAUCUAUAAUGAGAAAGUUAGAGACCUCUUGGACCCCAAAGGAAGUCGUCAGACAUUGAAAGUCAGAGAACACAAUGUACUGGGUCCUUAUGUUGAUGGGCUUUCUAAACUGGCUGUCACAAGUUACAAGGAUAUUGAGUCCUUGAUGUCAGAAGGCAAUAAGUCUCGAACAGUUGCUGCAACCAACAUGAAUGAGGAAAGCAGUCGAUCCCAUGCAGUUUUCAAAAUCAUCCUGACACAUACUUUGUAUGAUGUGCAAUCCGGGACAUCAGGAGAGAAGGUGGGCAAACUUAGCCUGGUGGACUUGGCAGGCAGUGAGAGAGCCACCAAGACAGGAGCUGCGGGUGACCGGCUGAAGGAAGGAAGCAACAUUAACAAGUCCCUCACCACCCUUGGUCUGGUUAUCUCAGCCCUUGCAGAUCAGGGUGCUGGAAGAAACAAGAACAAAUUUGUUCCAUACCGUGACUCUGUCCUCACCUGGCUCUUAAAAGAUAGUCUUGGGGGUAACAGCAAGACAGCCAUGGUGGCCACUGUCAGCCCCGCAGCUGAUAACUAUGAUGAGACCCUUUCAACUCUGAGGUACGCCGACAGAGCCAAAAACAUCGUGAACCAUGCAGUAGUGAAUGAAGACCCCAAUGCACGAAUCAUUCGGGAUCUCCGGGAAGAAGUAGAAAAGCUCCGAGAACAGCUCACCAAAGCAGAGGCCAUGCAAUCACCAGAGCUAAAAGAUCGGCUAGAAGAAUCAGAGAAAUUGAUUCAAGAAAUGACUAUAACCUGGGAAGAGAAAUUAAGAAAAACAGAGGAAAUUGCACAGGAACGACAGAAACAGCUGGAGAGUCUUGGAAUAUCUCUUCAAUCUUCAGGAAUCAAAGUUGGGGAUAAUAAAUGUUUCCUUGUCAAUUUGAAUGCUGAUCCUGCCCUCAAUGAACUCCUGGUUUACUAUUUAAAGGAACAUACUUUAAUAGGAUCAGCUAAUUCCCAAGAUAUCCAGCUCUGUGGAAUGGGAAUUCUGCCUGAACAUUGUAUUAUAGACAUCACACCAGAGGGCCAAGUUAUUCUAACUCCUCAGAAAAACACCAGGACAUUUGUAAACGGUUCUUCUGUUGGUAGUCCUAUACAGUUACACCAUGGAGACCGAAUCCUAUGGGGAAACAACCACUUUUUCAGACUCAAUUUGCCUAAAAAGAAAAAGAAAAUAGAUAAAGAAGAAGAUGAGGACCAAGAAAAUUUUGUGAAGAAUAGCAGCAGUGCGGAGCAGCUGGAUGUAGAUGGAGACACUUCAAGCGAGGUGUCCAGUGAAAUUAACUUCAAUUAUGAGUAUGCACAAAUGGAAGUGACUAUGAAGGCUCUGGGGAACAAUGAUCCAAUGCAGUCCAUCUUGUACAGCUUGGAGCAGCAGCAUGAAGAGGAAAAGCGGUCAGCAUUGGAGCGUCAGAGACUAAUGUAUGAACAUGAGCUGGAGCAGCUAAGAAGAAGGCUUUCUCCUGAGAAACAGCCCUACCGUAGUAGUAUGGACAAAUUCCCCUUCCAUUCUCCCAGUGCUCAGCAGCGCUUAAGACAGUGGGCAGAGGAGAGAGAAGCAACACUGAACAACAGCCUGAUGAAACUGAGAGAGCAGAUUGUUAAAGCCAAUCUGUUAGUGAGAGAAGCUAGUUUCAUUGCAGAGGAGCUGGAGAAGAGAACAGAAUAUAAAGUCACCUUACAGAUUCCAGCCUCCAGCCUCGAUGCUAACAGGAAGCGAGGCUCACUUCUCAGUGAACCUGCAAUCCAGGUGAGGAGGAAAGGCAAAGGCAAACAGAUAUGGUCCUUGGAGAAACUGGACAACAGAUUGUUGGACAUGAGGGACCUCUAUCAAGAGUGGAAGGAAUGUGAUGAAGAUAGCCCAGUAACAAGGUCUUACUUCAAACGAGCCGAUCCAUUCUAUGAUGAACAAGAGAACCAUAGUCUUAUUGGUGUGGCCAAUGUUUUCCUCAGCUCUCUUUUCUAUGAUGUGAAGUUACAAUAUGCUGUGCCAAUCAUCAACCAAAAAGGAGAGGUGGCAGGUCGGCUGCAUGUGGAAGUGGUGCAGAUCAGCGGAGCUUUCGGAGAACGAAUUGCAGGUGGGGAUGACAGUGUGGAUUUUUCAUUUGAUAAGGACACCCAGGACCACAAACUAGUGUGCAUGGUUAAAAUACUUCAAGCUACAGGUUUGCCACAACACCUCUCCAAUUUUGUGUUCUGCAAAUACAGCUUCUGGGAUCAGCAGGAACCGGUUGUUGUUGCACCUGAAGUAGACACAUCAUCUUCUCCUGUCAGCAAAGAGCCUCAGUGCAUGGUGGUCUUCGACCACUGCAAUGAGUUUUCUGUCAACAUCUCUGAAGAUUUUAUUGAAUAUCUUUCUGAAGGGGCUUUGGCAAUUGAAGUAUAUGGCCACAAGGUGACUGAUCCUCGAAAAAACCCAGCUCUUUGGGAUUUGGGAAUCAUCCAAGCCAAAACACGGAGUCUCCGGGAUAGAUGGAGUGAAGUCACCAGAAAAGUAGAAUUCUGGGUUCAAAUUCUGGAACAGAAUGAAAAUGGAGAAUACUGUCCAGUGGAAGUGAUUCCUGCAAAGGAUGUACAGACCGGAGGUAUUUUCCAGCUACGGCAGGGGCAGUCACGACGAAUUCAAGUUGAAGUGAAGUCUGUGCAGGAGUCUGGAACUUUACCAUUAAUGGAGGAAUCCAUAAUAUCUGUUGGUGUAGGAUGUGUAAAAAUAAGACCUCUGCGAUCCCUGAAGACUCAUGAGAUCUUCCAUGAGGAAGAAGACGACAUGGAUAGCUACCAGGAUAGGGAUUUGGAGAGACUACGUCGAAAAUGGCUGAACACACUAACCAAACGUCAAGAAUACUUGGACCAACAACUACAAAAGCUUGUCAGUAAGCCUGAUAAAACAGAAGAUGACGCUGACAGGGAAGCUCAGCUUCUAGAAAUGAGGUUGACUUUAACUGAGGAAAGGAAUGCCGUCAUGGUCCCAUCUGCCGGCAGUGGUAUCCCUGGGGCUCCAGCAGAAUGGACCCCAGUGCUUGGUAUGGAAACUCAUAUUCCUGUCAUAUUUCUUGACUUGAGUGCUGAUGAUUUCAGCUCACAGGAUAAUCUUGAUGACCCAGACCCUGCAGGAUGGGAUGCUACUCUCACUGGUGAAGAAGAGGAGGAGUUUUUUGAACUGCAGAUUGUAAAACAUCAUGAAGGAGAGGCAAGAGCAGAAGCCUCGUGGGACUCUGCAGUACAUAACUGUCCUCAGCUUAGUAAAGGAGCCACAGCAGAUGAAAGAGUGUUUCUGAUUGUCAGAGUGACAGUCCAGCUCAGCCAUCCUGCUGAAAUGCAGCUGGUACUCCGGAAACGCAUUUGUGUCAGUGUUCAUGGCCGCCAGGGCUUUGCUCAAAGUCUCCUAAAAAAGAUGUCUCAUCGAAGUUCCAUUCCUGGUUGUGGAGUCACCUUUGAAAUUGUCUCCAAUAUCCCAGAGGAUGCUCAGGGAGCAGAGGAACGAGAAGCAUUAGCAAGAAUGGCAGCUAAUGUUGAAAAUCCAGCCUCAGCCGACUCAGAGGCCUAUAUUGAAAAAUACUUGCGAAGUGUCUUGGCCGUUGAAAACCUUCUUACUUUGGAUCGUCUUCGUCAGGAAGUGGCUGUGAAGGAGCAGCUAACGGGAAAAGGAAAGCUGAAUAGAAGGAGUAUUAGCUCUCCAAAUGUGAACCGACUCUCUGGAAGCCGACAAGAUCUUAUUCCAACAUACAGUCUAGGUAGUAACAAGGGUCGAUGGGAAAGUCAACAAGACGUUUCCCAGUCAGAACAUUCCAAAGGGAUGACACCAGCUGGUCCAUCUCUUUCUAGUUGUCCCCAGGAUAACCAUUCCCCUGAACCAGGACUUGGUGGCUUAGCAGCCUCUUACUUGAAUCCAGUAAAAUCCUUUGUGCCGCAGAUGCCAAAGCUGCUUAAGUCCCUCUUUCCUGUCCGAGAUGAGAGAAAGGGCAGACAGCCAUCUCCCCUUGCACAGCAGCCCAUUCCCAGAAUUAUGGUACAGCCUGUCAGCACAGAUGUCAGCAGGAUCAAGACAAAACAGGUUACUCAGGAAGAGGAGCGGAAAGAUCUGUCUGAAACUACUCUACCAUCUCCUGCCGUUGGGAAGAAUUCUGAUAAAGUCAACAAACUGCCUUCCCAGCAACUCCAUUCUUCAAAUGUGCAGACACAGGAUACCCCAGAGGGUCCCCCCAGCCCUCUGAGUGAGGCCUCUAGUGGUUACUUCUCCCAUAGUGUCUCAACAGCUACUCUAUCUGAUGCCCUUGUAACUGGCAUGGACUCCAGUGCCCAUGCUGGCAGUCAGACCCCUAGCACUCCAUCUAACCCCCUCUGCCAGGUAACACCUGAAGGUGACAUUCCAUUACCACCAGUUAUUUUAUCUUCAGAGAGUUCUCAUUUGACUCAGAAAGAGAAUUUGACCAACCCAGCAGAAGCACAGAUCCAGCAAAUGGAGAAAAACCAAAGUGGUAGCAAUCGUGCCCUAAAGCCCAAAGGCUCAACUUCCCCUGUCAACAAGAAUAAGGACCUGGAAGAGCCCUCUCUUGCCAUCGACGCAAAGAGUUUUCUUCCCACUUCCACCCAACAGAAGCAAUCAUCCAGUCAGCUCCCAGCAGCAGAAACUGCAUCUGUCAUCAAAGAACCCGCCAGACCCAGGGACCACACAAAGCCAGUCCCCAGCCCAGGAGUCCCCAAACCACAGCUGCCCUCUGACUUAGUGUCUCAGCCUCCUGCUGUGGCCUCUCCAUUUAAAAUCCAGAAGGUGAGAACUUCAGAGCUAAAAUCAUUCACACAAAUUCUGGGAGACUCUAACUGUCCCUCCAGUACCAGUGAAGACCAGCCGACCUUGGGAGGUCACCACAAUCCAGGAGGAAUAGCCAAGGAAAAGCUAGAGGUGGCAUCUGACUCAGAAGACGCUGAUGAAGUCCCAGAAUGGUUAAAAGAGGGAGAAUAUGUCACUGUGGGUACUAAUAAAACGGGAAUCGUCAGGUAUAUUGGACCAACAGACUUUCAGGAGGGCACCUGGAUUGGAGUAGAGUUGGAUCUCCCUUCAGGUAAGAAUGAUGGCUCCAUUGGGGGAAAGCAGUAUUUCAAAUGCAAUCCUGGCUAUGGUCUCCUCGUGAAGCCAGGCCGGAUCAAGAAAGCCACUGGCCCAGUCCGGAGGCGCAGUGCCGGCCUCAGGCUUCAAGGGGUGACGGCUGAGCACCGCAAGAGUGGCAGCUUGUCAGGCUCGGCCUCUAACUUGGCGUCGUUGACAGCCCUGGCCAAGGCUGAAGGGGGAUCUACGCUGCGAUCUGAGAGGAGCCAGAAGACUACAGAAAACCGGAAAUCCUGGGCCAGUUAAAUGGGGUCUGCCUAGCUGUGACCCUGGGAGCUUCAUCAUAGCAUCUGCUGCUUCCUUUCUAGGCAAACACUAAUGAAGAUUAUGGGAAGGCUUUUCUCUCUACACCUUCUGAUUCCUCUUUGAUUACUGCCAUGUAGCCUCAUGGCCUUUCCUCAUGACAGAGCUGCUAUAUGGUUAACCUCCUGCCUAUAAAUCUAUAGCAUCACCCAGACUUGGGGGGAUUGCAGCUUCCUGGUGGGAGCUCAAACAGGAGCAUUGCAAGAAGCGUGAAUGGUUCGUCUUGAGAAUCUGUCCUUCCUGGAAUGGAAAUGUACUUGACUUAUCCCCAGGUUUUUGGCGGGCUUCAGGAGCUAUUCUUCCUGAAUCCAGCUGAAAGACAGGAGAGCAUGGAAGGCUCUCCUUCCAAAGAGCAGGGUAGAAAGGCUCUGGAAGGUGCCUGAAAUGUCCAGGGCUUAGCCUCUCCUCUGCCCAGCUGUUUGCUCAGACAACAGCCCUGGACUUAUCUCGUUACUGGGGCUUUUGGUUAUACUUUACUUCUGAUUUUCUGAUGGUUCCAUUUAACUUCUUCUUUUUAAGUAUAAUUAAAACUGAAGCUUCCUUUCCCUGCCCCAAAGUAUGAUUUUUUCAUGUUGGCCUGAGAUCUCAAGUGUCCUGUCCCAUCUGCAAGCCUAUGUCAUUGAGUCCUUUCUGGGACCAUUCCUUCCUUUUCCCCCACCCCAAGAAAAGGCUUUCCAAAACAGUGCGUACCUGGGUGGGAGUCCUUCGUUUUCUUUGAGUAGCCUCAAACUGAAGGGCCUAACCCUGCCUACCCCCUUCUCCCUUACUUCUUUUACAGGGUAUAUAGCUUGAAAAGAACGUCCUUGCCUUAAACCUGGAAGACUGUUUUGUUUCCCAUUGAUGCCCUUAACAGAGUAUUCAGAUAGUAUUUAUUUGUAUUUAUUGUUUUUUAAUCCUAAAUAAUGUGCGAGCUACAAUCUUUCCCUGCCUUCCAUAGACCUGGGUGCCUUCACUUCACUUACGCACAGAGCCUGCUUGGGGCCUCCCGGGAGGUGCACAGCCUUGUCCAGAAGGGGCUAGCUGCUCCUGACAGUCUGGGGAGUGGUGGCAGGCGGUAGGGUUCUUUUGACUGCCCUUCUUUCAUUUUCAAACACACAAGUGACCUUACUCAGAUGAAAUGUAAGCAAAAAUAAUUCCACAAAAUUCUGUACACUGAAUGACUUGGAUGGUUUUUGUUCUAGUCACCAGGGAAGGGGUGGGAGGAGGGCAAACUUUCUACUCCUGUGCUGUUGUUUGUUUGUUUCUGGGACAGUCCAGAAGUUAGGUGAUCCGACUCUUAAGCAUUGGGCAUUCCCUAGGUCCUGCCCCCACCCAGUCUUGUUGACUCCUGGGGUUAGCCUAGCUAUUGUGCUUGUUCGUGUGUGUGUGUGUGUGUGUGUGUGUAUGUGUAUGUGUUCCAAGUAGUUCCCAUAUGUAUUUCUUUAGUAGGGAUCCUUAACUGAUGCUGAAUUUUUAGGGAGUCUGUGGUCUUGGAUGGGGAAAAAGGCUUGAUUUUCACUAAGUUAACUGAAAGUUUGCAUUCCUUUCAGUCGUGAAUGUAGGCAGCAGAACACCUGAGAACAGGUCUGUGGGCUUCACCUGACCACUAGAGAGGACCAGGCCACACCUGCCUGCACCUGCUGUAAGAACUUUUGGUCUACGUCCCAGAGGCUGUAGGCCUGGAAAGGAUUCUGAGCACUUACCUGGCCUGGGCACAGCCUAUCCUGGACUGCUAAGAAUCUCUUUUCCUUAGACUUCAUCUCUGAUCAGUAUCAUCUUUUCUGUCCCUUCUCUUAGCUAAGGGACCAGGGGCAGAGCAACCCUCAGAGGAAGCUGGCGAUGGAAGGAAGGAGGGAAGGCUAGUCUGUAGAAGAGGGAAUCGGGGCCUUGUACGUUUGAGCUCCUGCCUAUGAAUGGCAUUGACAGAACAAGUUAAGCAGCAUGUUUUGGAUGCUCCAAGAGCAUCACAAGACUCUAAGACCCCCGAGUGCAGCAACUGAGCAAUUCUCUAACCCUCGUAUCUUCCCCAGAGCCCAGUACCAGGCUGGAUGUUAAGUUCAUAUUAAUCACUGUUUGGAAAGUUGAAUUAAUAAGUCGUUGAUUCUAAAAUAGCAGUACUUACAUUAUCUGUCCUCCCCCAAGCCUUUAACAUAACGAGUGUGCAAGAAACAUUUGUCUGUUUAAUUUCAUUUGCACAUCGUGCCCUUAUAAUCAUGCAGUUGGUUCUCAUGUUGGUAAGCCCCUGGUAAGCAUCUCGUUGGGAAAUGUCUGGGACUCCCAGGGAAUUUAAAGUGGCCCCUGAAUGGGGAUGGUAAAAGUUGUCAGUGUCCCUGCAGGGCUGUUGGGUUCUUACUAGUUGGAUUCUGCAGAGGCAUCUACAGUGGGGUCUGUGGAUUGUAAUCAAAAGAGAAUUUGGGUCUAAUCUUGGUUCUGUCAUGGGUGGGGAGUGGGGAAAAGCACCGCCCUUGGAGUCAGGGCCUGCGUUGGAAUCCUGGCUUUGAUGUUUCUUGCCUGGAUGACCUUGGCCAAAUCAUUCUUUCUUCCUCAGUUUCCUUUUUUGUGUAGAAUGAGAGCAUUGUGCUAGAUGGUCUCUGCUGCUGCUUUCCGCUCUGAGUCUGUGACCCUGAAUCCCUUUCCCUUUCUUUGUCUCAGUUGCAUUGUCCAUAAAAUAAUGAGGUUGGAUGGCAGGAUCCCUCCGGCUCCCUCUGGCUACAAAUCCUGUGAUCAUCUUUGCACUGAAUGCCUCUUAGGAACAAAGGAAAAAGAUGUUCAGAAGGGAACCUGGGGGAGCUACCCCCUCAUGGGAUUAGUUUUCAGGGGAGAGGGGAGAAAUUAUCACUGGCACUCACAAUCCAGACACUCGUUAAAGAGCUGGGUGAUGCCCUGUGAAGAAGCUUAAGAUUAAUUAACUUCCAUUAAUUAAAAUCCUAGUAAUUGCUUGCAAUGCUGCCUUAAAUUAAACUUCUUUAACAAUCAGCUGUUUUCCAAGUGAUUUGCCUUUUCUUCUAAUCCCCCUGUGUGAGGUACAGUUGGGCUGAGGAGGGUGUAAACAUUUGUAACAAAACGGUUUUAAACACAAAACUUCGGGCCGAAAUUGUCCAGAUCAUGAGAUCAGAUCUCUGACUUCAUUGGCUCUCUCCUACUGGAGACCCUGGUAUUCCCUGUGGUAGACAAGGUGUUGCACAGCCUUUCUUUUUCUCUGAGCAUCCCUCAUGCACUCAGGGUUCUUUUUCACACCCCAGCAAACUUGGAUACCAAGUUGUACCAGCUUCGAUCCAGGAAGAACACUGACCAGCUGCCAGAUGGCUCUGGGCUUCAUCUCAGCAACCAGGGAUGAGAACAAAGGGCGCCCUAGGGUAUUAAACCUGAAACAAACCUUAGAGACCACCUGAACUAGGCGUCUCGUUUUACAGAUGAUGAAACUGAGACCCAGAAAGGGCAGGUGAGGUAUCGGAACCUGGUGUCAGAACCAGGACUAGAAGCCAGGCCUUCAGCAGCCUCUUUUGACCAACACAAUCUGCAUCGUCACCAGGACUGUGGCCACUUGUAGACGCUAUAGGAAACCCACACAGAAUGUCCAUGCUAACUUCAUAGAAGGCCAAAGAUCUCUUCUCCACCCCUUAUUCAGAGGGCAGCAUUGGGGUGAAGAUGUUACAGGAACAGACCCUGACAGUGGGGGCCUCUGCUUGUACUGAGGGAUAUUGUACUGCUCACCUUCCACACAGAGUUCGGUUUUCCUUUUCCUAAGCACCUCAGACCCUGUCUUUGAGACUGUAGCUUCUCUGAAAAAAGAGAUCCUCUGUACCCCCGGAGUGAGAGCCAAGGUCUUUUCCACUUCUGUGUUGGUCCUGCUGCCCCCGUGCUACUGCUUGAUGUGUGAGCUUGGGAGGGCCUAUUCUCAGCCUCUCCUAGGUUCAAGAUGGGCCUGGUCAUUGGCAGUUUUAUAGCAAGGCACUCAUUUUCCAUCAUCAGCUUGUGUGCUGGGCGUGUAGCCUCAGAUACAGUGCUGUCACUUUUGUGUCCUGAUUUCCACUUACCACUCACCGCUGAAGUCCUUUUCAAAAUCUCUUUUUGGGUCGAGAUUCUCUCUCCAUUAUUUCCAUCCAUAAAACUGAAGACACUUUAAGUCCUAGGCUGGUGGGAGAGGGGAGCAAGCCCUCCGGGGACCACCUCCCCCCCCCACCCCCAACCCCCCCACCUGGGCCUUGUUUGGAAAGUGACUCGAGGCUGUUUGGGCUCCCAAGUUACAUACCAAACUCUUGGGAAAAAUGCCCCAUGGAAACCAAAGGUUGUGGCACUAUUUAUGCCUCUUUCUUUUCUUUUUUCCCCCCCAUGUUGUCUCUCUCAUGCCUGUCAGUCAAACAGAGCAGCAGAAACACCCAUAGGAGUAACUCGAGGAAAGGGGCUUCAAAGAGCCAAGUCCUCUUUGUUGUCCCCUCAUUCAAUUAAAACUAACCUGACUGUAAUAGAAUUAUCGACCCGAGUGUGUGUGCAGAGACAUGCCGGAUGGCAGCAAAUUGGUCCUGAAUUUCUCUCCCAGUCUCCAGUGUGCUCUUUGGCUUUCAGGCAUGGUAUCAUUGUCCCUUACUCUUAGGGAGCUGAGCUAGGCUUUCUUUACCUUUGUGACAGCUCCAGGUUUCUGACCUUCCCCCUUCUGACCUACCCCCUGUCCUUGACUUUUUCCCUUUAAAGUCUUGUUUGUGUGAUCCUCACUCUUGAAAAAAUCCUUUCUUGCCCUUUGGCCUUAAGCACCCCCAUGCCUGUCCAUGAAGGACUUUCCAAGGUGCUCAGACUCUGCUGCCUCUACAUUCCAUCAAGCGGGAUUCUUGACCUUAAGUCCUGCGAGCAGACUUAGGCUUAGGCCUGCUCAAACUCUUGCUUCUUAGGUGGGAUUUUCAUGCACUUUACAUGGGAAAAGACGUCGCCUUUUUAGAAUUUCUGCAACCAGUGCCCUCGAUCUAAGUGUAAGCUGGUAUUUUCUGUCCUUGGUCAGAAUCUCCAAGGACAAUUGCACAUUGCUUGGGAUAAAGUGUAUUUGUGUGAUGGGGCUGCUUUAUACAGACAGUCUCAGGAUAUGUCUGUGGAAAUGAUUCUGUGUAUUCCUCAUUUGCCUAUCAUAACAAUGAAGGUUAAAGUGACAUUUCAUAUUCUACAAGUCAGUUGGGAUAUGUGGGUCUGAGCUCUUUCCAAGAGAAAUUGGUCCAGAACCUUUGGCUUCUCAAAAAUCAGUGCAGCCAAGGCCAAGGUGACUCAUUGGAUGGGACCCCUGCUUGCAACAGUGGUGUGUUAUUUAGCCGUUUGUGCAGAUGUGAUUCCCAUAGAUACACUUCUCCAAAGUGCGGCACAGUUUUUGAGUAUUGGUAGCAUAUUGAAUCCCUGGGGUGGAUCCUUGACUUCCUUCACUGCUUUGACCCCAGAGCUCUUGUACUAACAUUCAUGCCUUUCAAAAGUGCCUUGUCCCUGGGACAGUAUCUACAAGGGAGAGAAAUUUAAAAUGAGCCCCAAAUAUCUGUGUCUUUCAAAGUGAUUUUUCCUUAAGGCAGGCAGCUCAAGCAAUAAGACCCAACCUCAGCCCAUUUUACUGGGUUCCAAAAAACUGAUUUUUCAAAGCUGUUUAAUUGACUUUUUGUUUCCUUGGUUCAGAAAUACCGCAAACUUACUAUCAGAUGUCUAAUUGUACCCGGUAGCGUCAGGAAGUUUUAUUGGGAGGCUGGGGCAAAAAGAGUGCCUGGGAAUAUCCUGGGGCUCCUAUCCUUUGGGAAGAAGGUCUGUAGAGUGGAGUUGAUAGCAGUGUACUGUGUGUGUAAGAGUGCACACAUGUCUGCUCAUGUUUUUAGUCCACAGUGUGUGCCCAUUUUUUUUUUUUUGAUGUGCAUAUUUCUUUUCAAGGAAGUAUAAGGUUGAAAAUGUUCAAGGCCUUUCCUCAGGUUUUCGCAGUUCUCUUAGGUUGAAUUUACUUUUAGCAGGCCAGGAUGGGUAGUACAGACAACUUGGGACUUCUCAGAGAAGGAAAUGGAAAGUGAAUGUCUACAGCUGUAGGUUUCACGAGGGGAGUUUUAAAGCCGGCAUUAAGAUGGGAAAGGCAGUACCGGCCAUUUAGGUAUGUACAGAGAGGAUAGGGUGAGAUGCCACGGUGAGCAGGGAGGAGAAGGGAGGAGCCCCAACACAGGGCCUCUGCCGCCAUUGCAGAGCUUGGAUGUAGUGACCCGUAUGUCCUCUUCAUACAAUGCCAUACCAACUCUUCUUGCUUUUCUUCCAUGAAUGGGCCACAUAUUCUUCUCCCCUUAUAUUCACAUGCAUUCUUUUGACUCUGCAAUCCCAGACCAUGUUCCUUGCCAUGACUAAACAAAUCUAGUUGCUUCUAUUCUCCUGGUCCCUAAUACCCUGCCUAUAAAUAGGCCCCUGAGGUGUUUAGAUCAGACCCCACAGGCUUUGAGCUGUCAGUAUGGGUGCCCACUUGAAAUUUAGCGCUCUCCCCUGCUUGCAUGCAGUAGCCAAGCUGAGCAGCCACUCACGGCAUCUUCCCUCUUGGGGCACACGAGCCAGGGCGAGUUUAAGAUGCUCGCCGUUGGGUUUACUCUGCAUAAAUAAAAAUCUACCCAAACAGGAAAUGCAUGUGCUCAGACAUGGGCUAGUUUCUAAAAGUCCCAAUGUUAAUAGUUAAAUUUAGGCACGGUGGGGUUGUAUCUGGGGAGCUGUACCCUCAGCUCCCUGUUUUUUAUCCUGAAGACACUGAUUUAAUUGGAAUCAAGAUUACCUGUUUUUACACAGUGGUCCAUGAUACCUUCCUUUUUUAUUACUGACACUAAUUGUAAUGAACUGUGUUGGGAGAGGCUUGGCAUCAUCUUUCUCAUUGUGGAUCUUUGUAAAUGCAGUGGGUUUGUUGUAUAUAGAGAAGGGCUCUUCACAUUCGGGGCUUAUGUUAAUUUUGUAUACAUCAACUGAGAGUUAACAAUCCAAAGACAAUGUAAUGAAUUGUAAAAAUGUUAAUGAUUUAUACCGUGUAAUAAACUAAACUAUUGUAAUAUUGUAUCAUACAUCAUGUGACCAACAGCAUCUAAAUAAAAUUGAAAUGAUUCCUUGGCCAUA